CAAAGAUUUAGGAAAAUAUAUUUCUUCCAACAAUGUCGAUUGUUGAAACAAUUGAAACGGACGAUUCUCAUAUGUUUGUUUUGCAUGAAAGUGAUUUAGGAGAAACUUCUGAAUUUGUGGAUAUAAAACCAGAACCAACUUUUAUACUUGAAGGCCUUAGACGGAAUACAAAUUUAAUUAUUUUUGAUGGUUUUGCCUAUCAUACAAAUUAUACAACUGAUAAAGUUCGGUACUUGCAAUGUGCAUCACGUAUUCCUUUAGGUUGCGGUGCUCGAGCUUGUAUGCCCCUUGAAAGUGAUAGUAAAUCAAUACAAUUAAAGAAACCACAUUCACAUGGACCUGAUCCUCAUUUGAUUGAACGUACAAGUUUUAUAAAUGAAUUAAAGCAUCGUGUUGUACAUCAAAAUGGUACAAUUAAAUCAAUAUAUGAUCAAACAUGCCGCGAUUUUCCAAAUGCAUCAGCAUUGGUGGCUUUUCAAACAAUUGAACAAACUUUACGACGAGUUCGUGCCACAACACUGCCACCAAAUCCAAGUAAUCUAUUAGAGUAUGGUGAAUUAAUAUCACAUUCAGAAUGGCGACGAUUUUCUCAAACAGUUAGUGGUCGACCGUUUUAUUCAACAACAUUGGAAGGUGGCGAUGGGAGUGUUGCAAUUAUUUUUAGUAAUCCAGAUUUUAUUGAUAAAAUUUCAGCGGCUACAGAACUGCAUGUAGAUGCUAAUUAUAUUAUGGAACCAAAUUUAUGCGACGGUCGAUAUUUUUUUUCAGCGCAUGUUAUAAUGCAUCGACAUUCAAAUGCGAUUUUAUACGCUUUAAUGAGUCACAGAAAUUAUUCAAUGUACAUGGCGAUAUUAUCACAUUUACGGCAAAUUGCUCCAAAUCUUAUACCAACACAUAUUAUUUGCGAUUAUGAACGAGCUCUAUUUUUAGCAUUACGAGAUUCAUUUCCUAAAAGUACAAUACGUGGUAGCUAUUACCACUUUUUACAACACAUAUAUCAGAAAUUGAUAAGUUUUGGUGUAGUGAAUGCAGCCGAUAUUAAACCAGAAAUAUCGAAUGUAAUACGGCAUAUAAUGUCCUUACCAUUAUUACCAUUCGAUAAAAUUGGCGUUGGCUUGUAUUUAAUCGAAAAACAUGCAAAACAAUUAUUACAACCAACAAUGUGCAAAAAAAUGAUGGAUUAUCUAGAAAAUGAAUGGUGGUAUGGUGUAACUGCCCCGAUUAUGUCAUGCUACAAUCUACCAGAAACGACAAACAAUAAUAUUAAUAUGUUUCAUAAAACAAUCCGUCAACGAUUUCGGGGUGUAUCAAAUGCCUGGACCUUUACUGAAAAAUUAAAAGAAGUGGAAUGUCUUACAUUCCGUGAUUUUGAGCUGUUGUUAGGUGGUCACGCAAUUGGUCGUGAACGUAAAACAAAACUAUUAACAAGUAAUGAUAAAUUAAAUCGGGCUUGGCGCAUGAUUGAAAACGGUCGAUUACCAACAGCUGUGUUUUUUGAACGUGCCUCGGAAAUAGUGCGUACAAUUGAAAAUCAAUUUCGUUUGAUUAUUGAUGAAUAUGAAGAUGUUGAGUUAAUUAAAGGAACAGAUAUUUUGGGGGAAAAUCAUCAAGCCCCUGAUAGGCAUUUGUAUACAAAUCAAUCCGAAGAUAUACUUGCCACAACAUUAAAGAAACGAAAAAGUGAAGAAAGAAUAAACACGGUAACACCUCUUAAAAUCACUGUAAUUGAAACUCCAGAACCAAUCGUAGAAUCAAAAGUGUGUCUGGUAUGCAAAGAUGAUGAUUGGGAAGCUAGAUGUGUGUUGAAACCAUGUGGACAUAAAUAUUUUUGUUCUGUGUGUGCGUCACGACUUAUAACUGAGACUAGUAAAUGUCCAAAGUGUAAAAAGGAAAUUACUAGUUUUGUUGAAUUUGAAUAAUUCAAAUACAGUAG